AUGGCUGCUGCUGUCCUUCACAUUCAAGCAACACAACAAGAAAACAACAACCAGUUUCCCAAAUUCCAUUGCAGAAAUAAAAGAAACAGAAAUGAAACACUAUCUUUCCAGGCCAAUGGAUCAAAGCACUGUCUUUCAGCAAUCACUGUUUCCUCACAUUUUCGUCAACUCAAAAUCCUCAUGUUUCACUCAGAAUUCAGCAAUUUCUCCUUGUAAAACUGGAAAGAGGACAUGGAAGCUCACAACUUGCUGGGCUGUGGGAUCAUCAAGGAACAUAUCUGAUGAGGACUCAUUCACAAAGGAGAACUUGAAUGGCUCACUGUUUGAUGCCUUGAGUGAUGAAUCUUCUUCCCCUGCUCCCUUUGGAACGCUGGAAGCAGAAAUAACUCAAGAAACCAUUGAUUUCUUCGUUAGUGAUGCCGAAGGGGAUCCUGACUGCCCGUCUCCUGGAUACUCUUCCAUUGAGCAAGCACUUACAGCAUUGCGCCAAGAGAAGUUUGUGAUAGUUGUAGAUGAUGAUGAAACUGGGAAUAUUGAAGGAAACCUUGUGAUGGCAGCAUCGCACGUGAGUUCAAAGGCUAUUGCGUUCAUGGUUAAGCAUGGAUCAGGUAUAGUUUCAGUUGGCAUGAAAGGAGAGGAUCUCGAGAGGCUAAAGCUCCCUUUGAUGUCUCCUGACAAAGAAGAUGAUUCUUCUGCUCCUUCGUUCACUAUCACAGUGGAUGUUAAAGUUGGAACGUCUACUGGUGUAUCAGCUUCUGAUAGGGCAAAAACCGUCCGGGCACUCUCAUCUCCUCAAUCUAGGCCCGAAGAUUUCAGAAGGCCAGGCCAUGUAUUCCCACUAAAGUAUAGAAAUGGGGGUGUUUUACGUAGAGUUGGCCACACUGAGGCUUCUGUUGAUUUGGUAACACUAGCUGGUUUACAGCCCGUCUCAGUUCUCUCAGCUGUAGUUGACACAGAAGACGUUUCUAUGGCCUCCUUGGCGGAGUUAAAAAAGUUGGCCUCAGAUCACAGUAUUCCAAUAGUUUUGAUCACUGAUCUCAUAAGGUAUAGGAGAAAGAGGGAAAAACUGGUGGAAAGAACUGCAAUUUCACGUUUGCCAACUAAAUGGGGUUUGUUUCACGCACAUUGUUAUCGUUCAAAACUUGACGGAAUGGAGCAUAUAGCCAUUGUGAAGGGAGACAUUGGGAAUGGACAAGAUGUUCUAGUAAGGGUCCACUCAGAGUGUUUAACAGGUGACAUAUUUGGAUCAAGACGAUGCGACUGUGGCAAUCAGUUAGAUUUGGCAAUGCAGCUAAUUGAGCAAGCUGGUAGAGGUGUUGUCGUGUACCUUAGAGGGCAUGAAGGGCGUGGAAUUGGCCUUGGACACAAACUUCAGGCAUAUAAUCUGCAAGACGAAGGCCAUGACACAGUAGAAGCAAAUCUUGAGCUCGGUUUCGCUGCUGAUGCACGUGAAUACGGGAUUGGAGCCCAGAUACUACAUGACAUUGGAGUUCACACUAUGCGCCUGAUGACUAACAAUCCCGCCAAAUUUACCGGUCUAAAAGGCUAUGGAUUGGCAGUUGUUGGACGUGUCCCUGUGCUAACACCUAUCACAGAGGACAACAAGCGCUAUCUGGAAACAAAACGGAUAAAAAUGGGCCAUGUAUAUGGAUCUGACCUACAAGAACAGUACACUCAAUUGACCAAACCAAGUACAGAUAAACAGGGGUCGUCUGAGGGAAAAAGCACGAGCUGAAGGGAUUUCCUUGACCUUUAGAUCAUUAUGUAUAGAGAUAAUUACCAAGGGGGUUCAGAGUUUAAGUCCCUUUGCAUUGUUUUUGAAUUACAUCGUGUCCAAGUUUGCCUUAUUCUCACACCGUAUGAAACAUCAUUCUAUUAAAACUGUCGUUGCAAUGUAAAGAAAGUAAUGAAAAUAAUUUAAAGCACCAACCAUCCAGAUUCCAGACCAA